UGAGAUUUGAAAGUGACCCGAGGCAGGCCGCGCCGCGCUGUGGGGACUGAGGGGGUCGGCACAGGGUCAUCAAGAUGGCCGCCACCUCCCAGUUUGCCAGUCGAUACAAAAAGGAUUUGAGUACAGAAACCCUCAGAACAAAAGUUGCACGCAGAAAAUCCAUGCUUCAAAAGGAGAACAGACACAAGUUGUUUGAAAAGGGCAGGCAGUUUGGAUUGGCAGAUGUCAAUGUUCAGCUCGCAAAAGAGAGGGGAAUUUCUCAACUCAGUGAGGCAAGUGAAAUGUGCUCUCAGGAGAACAGCAGUGUAAAACAGAAACAGUCUACAAAUGCAGCCACCAGGAAGAUUAAUGAACGCAGGGAAAUGCUCCAGCGUUAUAAAGAAGAAAAGGAACUUCGAAAAUUGAGAGAGCAGAGAGAAAAAGCAAAAAAGGGUGUGUUUAAAGUUGGUUUAUAUAAACCAACUGCGCCCGGAUUUCUUUCACUUGUACCUGAAGGUCCAGUGAUAGUGAAGCCAAGAGAGAAGGUAGCUCCUGAUUUCUCUGGGAGGAUUACUCGAUCAAAGGCCAAGAUCCAAGAAGAAAAAACCGUGAUACCAACUGCAUCUAAGCACUCUAUGGUCUCUGCCAGUGGGCAUAGUGUGCGCCCUACGCAGGCAGGACGUAAACAGAUGAGUACAGCCAAAGCAACUGAAAAAGAUAAAGUGUUGAAGACUGCAGUCCCGUUAGCCUCAGAUGUGAGAAUCACCAGAGCAGCCUCUUCUGCAGCUAGGCAGAUGAUGAAAACAGCUGCUGCUGCUACUGCUGGUAACCAGUCACAGAGAAAGACAGCAAAUGCAGGAAAGCAGAAGCAAGCAGUCAAACCUGACAUCACGGAGGUAAUACCUUCUAAACAUGAAGUGGAUAAAAAUGCUCAACUGAAUCCAGUGAUGAAAGGUUCUGCAGCUGAUUCUAUGCAUUCAGUGUCAGUAGAAAUUCAAGAGGAACAAACCUCAGUGGAAAACAAAAACAAUUCUGCUUCAGGGAGACCCAGAACACGCUCUUUUGCACCUCAAAACUUUGUGUUUCAACCAUUAAAUGGACUAGCGACCUACAAAGUUACACCCAUGACGCCUUCUAGGGCAAAUGCAUUUUUGACACCUAAUGCCUUCUGGGAUUUUUCAACAUCUCCAGUUAUAAUUGAAAAGUCCAGUGAAAUUAAGGCACAAGAUCCUAAUUUAAAAAGUCAGGUUUCACCUGCUGAUAAAGGUAUUCAAGAACAGCACACCUCUACAAGUUUGAAAGGAGGAAAAGCAAGUGAAUCAGACAAGAAAACUUCCAUUCAGAGAUCAAAUGAAACAAUUCCUGUGUCUCCAGAUACAACAGUGCUUGAAAUGAAGUCAGAUGAUGUAAGAGAACAAGAGCAUGAUGUGCCGUAUUUCAGAAACAUUCUUCGAUCUGAGACAGAGAGGCUGAUGUCUCAGUGCCUCCAGUGGGAUGUAAAAUUUGAGCUGGACAUUCCAGAGGAUGCUAAAGAUCUUAUUCGCACCACAGUUGGUCAGACAAAAUUGCUCAUAGCAGAAAGGUUUAAACAGUUUGAAGGACUGGUGGAUAACUGUGAAUUUAAACGAGGUGAAAAAGAAACAACGUGUACAGACUUAGAUGGAUUUUGGGAUAUGGUUAAUUUUCAGAUCGAAGAUGUGAAUAAAAAGUUUGAUAAUCUGAAGAAGCUUCAAGACAAUGAGUGGCAACCACUUGAUGUCCCAACCAAAGCAAUUGUCAAGAAGACGACUAUUCCAAAUGGAGUGUCUAAACCAAAGCUGGGAGCAGCUGGAAGAGCUGCUGCCCAAAACCGACUUGCUGCAAUAAAAGCAGCUAUGAGGGCUAAAAUGAACCGUGAUGAAGUUGCUGAUUGUACACAUCAGGAGAAGGUACCCGAAGUAGAAACAGUGGUUUUUGAAGCGGGAUUUUUCAGAAUUGAAAGCCCUGUGAAAACCUUUCCAGGCUUGCUUCCAAAGACACCUCACACAUCUUCCCAGCGAACUUCUGAAAAACUGGCAACUCCAAGAUCAUCCAGUAGAGCUUUGCUUCAGAGCAUCCCUUCUGUUCUUCGUGACCCUGAGGAUGCAACUGCAAAACAAACAACACCAGUGCCCAAAGGCUUCCACCCAGCACGAAACUUGACGAUGCAACAAUUUCCUGCUGGAGAAACUCCCCCGCUGGAAAAACUCCCUGGUCGUUUUCUUGAACGAAGCAUUCCCGUAGUGGAAGAGCCCUGUCCUGUUGCUGGCCCAGCAGAGGGAACUGAGGGGCUGGAAAAUUCUAGCAGUGAAUUAAAAGUAACGGAUGGCAUGGAAGAGAUGGAACUAUCUGCUGCAGAACAAGGACAAGAUAUUGUCAUGGGCAGUCCGGAGGAGGAGACCUGCACUGCGACUAACUUCGCUCAGUCUGGAGAACCCAGAAUUCAUCAGACAGAUGUUUCAUGUAGUGAUUUGACAUCCAUUGGCAGAAAUCCUUUAGAAAGGCCCAUGCUGGAUGCUGAGCUUCCCUUCACUCCAGUCAAGACCAAAGCCCAGAUGUUUGCAGCAGCAGAAACAUUCAGUGACCUUAUUGUAUUUUCUCCCCUUUCUCCACCUGGGGAAAAAUGAGGAGUGACUUGAAAUUCAAAAUAUGUAAAUUUAUAUUAAGAGCAAAACCAUGGAGGAUAUCUGGAAUGCCACCUGCUGCCCUUGAGCUAUGUUCUGAGUAAAUGAAUACCUGCAGUAUUUUGUAGUGGAACUUAUUAAAAUAUUCUGUAACAUUUUAUGGUGCAGUCAUUAUGCACUGUAAGUACUGCUGUAUUUUAGUAGCAGGGUGUUUGCUGGUUAUACCUGCUGUAUCCAGUGACUGCGUAUUCUAGUUAAACCUGAAAUAUUUUUAUUUUUAAAUAAUUUAAUGUAUUUCCCGUCUACUUCAAGUUGUAAAACUAUUCUUCUUUAAGCUCUUCUGUCCAGACCUUACCACAGGAACUAUUAUUACAAGAUGCCUCCCAGACCAGCUGUACCUGUGCCCUAUUUCUGGUGUGAGGACACCUUCUGGGGAGCAGACUGAGCCCCUUGCCUCCCCCAAAGCAGUGUUCUGUGCUCUGUGCUGCUGUGAGGGGACUCCUUGCACCCUUAGGCUCCGGCUUUCUGCGCGUUAACAACUGCCUGCUCGGCAGCUGCGGCGGGCUUUGGUGCAUGUAAUUCUUCCCUGGGGAAAUCUGCCUGGUGUUUAACAACCCUUUGCUCUGUAAUGGUAGGAACUCUCUCAGAACAAGGAUUUCAGAGUCAGAUAAUAUCUUUUCCUGCCAGUGUAUUAAAAUAGGGAUCAUUAUUUCCUUUAAGGACACAGUUAUCUACUGAGUAUCUUGAGUACCUUCAAGCCAAACCCUAUUGUCUUUCCUUUUUCAUGUGAAAAAUUUCUUAACCUCUUUCUCUGAACACUUGGUGUGUUAACCUCGGCCUCUUCUCGCAUCUUGUUCCUUACGCGUUCUCUUAUCUGGACUGUAAUAUAUUUAUGCAUAAGGAGCAUAUACUCUAUAUUUGAGUAGUAGUAUUAGAGUACCUCCGGUUGUUAUGUUUUUAACAAAUAUCUGACUGGGCUUCUUCUUGUAAUGGUGACCUUAGUGUAAUACACACAUUCUUCCACUAGCCUUUAUUUUAAACUAAGCAAAGGUAAUUCAAAUCCCUCAGCAGAAACUGUUGCCACUACAGCUGGGGGAGCUCGCCUGACUUAAUUUUAGCCUGGAAGCUAUGUACUGAUUACACUGAAAUAAAUAGAGGAAGCUAAA